GCGGAGCGGGGCGUGAACCGGAAGUUGGCUGCGGGCGCCGCCCAUCGCGCCGGGGGAGGCAGGUCCCGACGGCCCUCGGAACUGCAGCCGCUGUUCGCGCACUAUUUGCCGACACUAUGCUCCAGUUCUUGCUUGGAUUUACUCUUGGCAACGUGGUGGGAAUGUAUCUGGCUCAAAACUAUGACAUACCAAACCUGGCUAAAAAACUUGAAGAAAUUAAAAAGGACUUGGACGCCAAGAAGAAACCCCCUAGUUGCUGAAACCAAUUGCAGCACUGCCUUUUGGAUAAACUGAGUCUACUGUUCUCCAGGGCCUCCUUUACCGUCUGAACCAAAAGCUUUUGUUUUAAUCUCUAGCCUCCGCAGUUUUCUUUUUUGCUAGACCUUGCAUUGCCUCACAGCACAAAAGGGGUCAGAAGUUAAGAGCAACCCUUAUUUCUCCAACAUCCUCACUUCUUCCCUUCCUCCUUCCAGCCUCUUGGGAGGUCCUGAGAAUGAAAUCAUGGUGCUCGAUUAGUUAUCAUACCUUUAAUUAGUAGUCUUUCCCUUAUUCUUUGGGAUUUCUACUACCUUUUUCAAAAGAAAAAUGGAUGAGUUUUGUGUAGUUGAUGAGAUCCAAAUGAUGCGUAUUUCAGAGUCUGGUAAUUAUAAUGGGUUUUUAAACAUUUGGUACUGAAUUAUGUUGUUUCACAGUAGUAAUUAAAAUGAAAAUCUGGAAGCUAGUUUCUGUGAAUUAUCCACUGAUUUUAUAUCGUCAGGAAGCUCCAUAGCUGCUAAUUUCACCAAUAAAUCAAUUUACUAUUCAUUAACCAAGAAACUGUGUUCUGAGAAUCCUAUCAGGAAUUGGGGAAUUUAAAAGUAUUUAAAAUAAUGGUCUUUGUCUUCAGUAGAAUUCAUAAUCUAGUGUGCCUGUUUUUUCUAGAUGUAUUUGAUCUCUUUUCAGUCAUGAGAAUCAUAGUUAAUGGGAUUACAGGUACCUUUGACAUCACAUGGUAGAUCUAUGAGAAAUUGUCUAUAAAGGAAAAUUUCUGCAUUUUUACAUUAAAAAAGUGUGUACAUUAUAACUUUAGAGUGAUUCUCAUAAGACUUGGUGUUUUUCUCCUGCAGUCAGACAUUAUUUUUAUAAUUUUUCAAAUGUAUAAUCAGUCCAUAAAAUUUUUUAGUUGUGAAAAAAUGUUUAAAUACAUAACUUUCCUCUGGGUCAAUACGAAAGUGAUUUGUAUUAUCCUCCAGCUCCUAGUUCCUCUCAUUGGAGUCAGACACUGUGGUUAGUUUCUUGUAUCCUUUUGAGAAAGAUUUUGUGCUUAAAUACACACACAUACAUGGGGGUUUUUAUACAAGUGAUAAAAAGCUGUAUACAGUCUUCCCCGGUGGGGAUCACUACAUGGCAGUCUGGAAGGGACAAAGAACUGCUUUCUUUUUUUGGCUGCAUAAGGUUGUAUUGAGCAAAUAUACUAUAAUGUAUUUAAUCCACUCCUGAGAAAUGCUAAAUUUUUCCCUGUCUUGCUACUACAGUGGUGACGUUAAACCUGAUGUUUUUAUACUUGUCAAUGCGGGGGAUAGCUCCAUCCUGAAGUCCUAGAAGGGUAAUUUGCACUAAAUAUAAAUAAAGUCCCAUCUCACUGGGCGUUUUGUUUCAGAGAGCUUUUUGGGCAGCUUCACUGAUAAUGCCAUUUCUGAAGACAUUUUAGCAGAGUCAGUAAACUGGAAGAAUGGCUUAGGGACCUUUUUUUCAGACAGUGAUGCCACUGUUACUGUGAUGAUAAAAUGAAGUGAUUCUCCUUCUCUUGGGAAACAUGGAUCUUUCAUACAUGGAGAUGAGUUUUGUCCCUGUUGAGUUGCACUGGUGUGUGAGAUAGAUUAGGAUCAUAUUAUGGACUGACUUCUCCCUUGAAGUGUGAUCAGGGGCAAGCAGCUUAAUUUUCUGAAACUGUUGUAUUCUCUGUACCUACCUCAGAGGGCUUCCAUGAGAAACAGCUGAAAUAAUGUGUGUGAUGUGUAGUGCAGUGCUUUGCAAAUUAUCCAAUAAAUAGUAGAUACUGCUCCAAACA